AGUUGGUGGUGUAGUGGGGGUGAAAAAAGUUUUAUCGUGACCAGCGGGCCGGAAGAUGAGGGGUGCAUGCUAGCGGACGAAAGUUUUUGUUGACUCCGUGGUGUUUGCUGAAGUGCUGGCUCGUUCGAUGGGGCCUCGGAACUUCGUCGCCGUAACUGUGAGUGUGUGUGGGGCUUGUCCGUAAGCGUCGCGGACGUAAGUACCAUCCCGUAUCGCGGCGUGGCCUAGGCGCAGCUGUUUCAGGCUGGGCGCGGGUGAAACCGUCGUACUCGUUCGGAGGAAGCCUACGACCUCGAAGCGCGCACGGUGUCGUUUCGACGAAUCGCGAGUGCGCAUGUACAAGAAAACGCAGAAAUACGAAGCCGUCUCCCCAAGCGAAAGCAACAACUCGCCGCCGUUGGCAGCUGUGUGAGGCACGACCACCUGUUUCCCCUGCUUGUUCCACAGAAAGGACCGCAGCCUUGGAUUGAACACCGCCGUUCACAGACCGCGCAAACAGAACGCUACCAGCGGCCUGGAAGUUGCCCGGAUCCUGCUGCUCCGUGUAGCCGUCGCAUCGGAAUCGGGCAGCGCAGGCUUGCAAAGUCCCGACUGAUCCGUGAGAAGUCCUGUUCGACCUGCGACCUCGUGACCCAGUCGGGAGACAGCUGUACCGUCAAAAGGUUGCAAAGAAGGUGGAGGCACGCUUACCGAGGCAGCAGACUGAGACAGAAGGCACCGGCAAGUUUUCCUGCGCCGGUCGUACGACAAACCUCGGACGCCGUCACCUGCGCGGCAUGUCCUUGAGCCGCUCGCCUUCUACCAGCUCCUGACCGCGGCUCCUGGGGGUUAAGGACAAAAGGGCUGGCGACGAAGACGUGGGACCCUAAGGAGGUGACCUCAGCGACGAGCAACACGACGGUCGUGCUGGCAGGUGGGGAAGUUCGCGCGGGCCGUGCUGCUUGCGGCGGCAGCGGCGGCGGCCGACCAUGAAGUUCGUCGAGAUGGAGAACGGCCAGGCUUGGCAGCAGCUCAUCUCUCGAGGCCAUGGCGUCCACUCAGCCGGCGGAGUGGGCGUCGCCGGCGACUCGGACUACGAGACGCCCAGCAACCAGGGCGAGACGAGCACGAGCAGCCGGCGCAUCUUGACCAAGCACCUCUCGCUGAACGGUUUCCCGCGAUGCGCCGAUGCGGCCGGCAACGGGGGCAACGGUGCGGAGGACUCACCCGUGGUCCGCUACCAGAAGGCCAAGAUCAUCCCGAGCAGGGUGCGCAAGAGGGUCAUCUUCAAGAACGGCAGCGUCAACCUUUCCAAAGAGCACGUCUACAAGCGCUCGCAGCGAUACCUGCAGGACAUCUUCACCACGCUGGUUGACAUUCAGUGGAGGUGGAACCUAAUGGUCUUCUCUAUGGGCUUCAUCCUGAGCUGGCUCGUGUUUGCCAUUAUCUGGUGGCUCAUCAUGUUUGCACACGGCGACUUUGACCCGCACGAGGGCGAAUGGACACCCUGCAUUGUCGAAGUCACCUCCUUCACGUCCGCAUUUCUGUUCUCGCUAGAGACGCAGCACACCAUCGGUUACGGCAGUCGCGCCAUCACGCCCGAGUGCCCGGAGGCCGUGUUCAUCCUGUGCAUGCAGUCCAUCACGGGCGUCAUGAUCCAGUGCUUCAUGGCGGGCAUCGUGUUCGCCAAGCUCUCGCGUCCCAAGAAGCGUUCGCAGACGCUGCUCUUCUCUCGCAAUGCCGUGGUGUGCCUGCGCGACGGCAAGCUCUGCCUGCUGUUCCGAGUGGGCGACAUGCGCAAGUCGCACAUCAUCGGCACCUCCAUCUCGGCGCAGAUCAUCCGCAGGAAGGUGACCGCAGAGGGUGAGGUGAUCCCCUACUACCACACACAGCUGGACGUGCGCUUUGAUGCGGGCACGGACAGCAUCCUGUUCAUCUGGCCUGCCACCAUCGUGCACGAGAUCAACGAGACGAGCCCUUUCUACAACAUGUCGGCCGAGGACGUGCUGCGUGAGAAGUUUGAAAUCGUGGUCAUCCUCGAGGGCACGAUUGAGUCGACGGGACAGUCCAUCCAGGCCCGGUCGUCCUACCUGCCAUCCGAGCUCUUGUGGGGACACCGCUUUGAGCAGCUGGUGCGCUUCCAGAAGGAUUCGUCCGAGUACCUCGUGGACUACAGCAAAUUCAACAACACCUACGAGGUGGAGACACCUCUGUGUAGCGCGCGAGACUUCUACGAGUACCAGCGGAUGCUGCGCAGUGCACCGCGGAUGGUUACACUGGGCACGCCCCUACAGGCGAUGACCAUCGACGACCGUACCCAGUCCGGUCUGACGCAGCAGCAGCAACAACAACAGCAACAGCAGCAACAACAUCCUGCUUUCAAGAGGGUGACGCCAGAGAAGUUCCUCAACACCGCGGGGCACCUCAUACCUUUGCAACUGCCCAAGGAGCUUUGAUAUACCGUCUGGAGGCUCCACGCCGGAGUCUUACAACUGAUGAACGACUUUGAGGAGCACAUCUUUCGGCAAGAUGUGAUGUGACAAGAUGCACACGUCGCCGGUGGUCAACUCCGAUUCGACAGUUGAGUCGAACAGCUGUGACGGUUCCGCACCGGCCCUCGCAGGCGAAUGAAGCGAACGUAUUGUCCCGCCAAAAGUGCCUUGACAAGCUGAUGCAAAGAUGAUCGCCGGCUUGAUGCUGCCGACGAGCUCUGACCGAUAGCAGCCGUGAUGGUUUUCUUCGAAGUACAGAGUCCCAGGCGAGUUGGUAGUCUAUACCGACUCUUCUUUGUCUGUAUAGUUUCCAUUUUUUAAAAACAUAUUCUGCUCUCCAGUGACAUGGUGAGGACCGAACACGACUCCGUCACUUCUACCGCAAUGGACACACCCCGCUUCCCUGUUUACUUGGUGCGAAGCAACGUGAUGUCCAACCAGUGCUUCGGAAAAAGUGCAUUUGUUUAGACGCUAGAAUGGACAUUUUUUUUUUUUAUCGUCGCACGCCCGCUGUCAGCGAGACGUCGCGUGACCAGACUUUCCGAUCAAGACGCAUUGAUCAAGACAAUCAAGACCCGGUGAAAUGCGCACAUUGUGUGCGUGCGGUGUGUUGUUGCUGGCACCAUGGCGUUGUGACACACAGUGACUGAGAUGUGAGAAAAACAUUGUGACGGACACAUUGUCACAAAAGUGUUGUGACAGAAGCGCCAUGACUGAAGUGUCUUUCAGCGCAAGAGGAAUGGUUUACAGUGGAAAGUGUUGGAAACGCAACCCACAGGCUUUAUUCCAACAGUCGACAUGUGUCUUUGUACUGUUUUCAUGUGUGCGGCUGAUAAUGCCUCCUCGUGGUGUUGCAUUUGACUGCAAUUACCCUGUGAACUUUUGCGGCAAUGCUGCCGCAACUGCAAAGUGCGGUAGGCUUGUUAUAGUUAAGUUGCGUAGGCUAAUUGUGGUUAGUUCUUUACAUUCUUUAAAUUGAGUUUUAAGCCUUUUUGUUCUUCUUCCUCUACUUAAUAGUGCGAACGAAGUGAGACAGAAAGAUUCUGUAGCAAUCAGUUACGUACCGUUAUGUCAGGCGAUGCGACGCGAGAGAUGUGGCCACCUCGGAAGAGGAACGUAUUUAAAUAAGGCCACUAACGGCGCAGAUUGUCCAGGUGCAGCGCUCUUAAGCGGACUCAACCGAAAACGGCACCGUCUGCAUGGUGCAAGAGCAAACGCCACUUUAGCGCUGUGGGAGAUCCUUAUGAACAUAAGCACACAGCAGUCGUGCAUAUCCUGAAUUUGCCGCGAGUACGGUGAAAGGCGAACAAAGACACACAGCGUCUGGCCUUCUAAGCAUAGAUGGACUAUCUAUUGCCAUUGCUGUGUGCUAUGCAAAGGAUGCGAUAGAGCAUGAUCCUGCAGCAUUAGCUGAAGAAAUACUUGCUCGCUCCUUAUAUAAGCAUUGCUCAUGUAAAUACGUAGCUCAACUCGGAUGCAUUUCACCGUAGCUUUUUAAAUAUAUUACUGUUUCUUUUUUGCUUACCUAUACGCAUGCGUGAGACAACCACAGUGCAUGGGCUGCUACUAUGUUAAACAGGCAAGUGCUGACAAGGGCAUAACAGGUUGUAUCACAGCUUUCGAGAGCAUUCAAUCAGUGUAGGUAAAUGCGUCUAAUCGUGCAAUUUCUGCGGAUAAACGCGAACCCUAAUGCAUCUCAAAAGUUGCCUUUGGCUAAUACCUUGCACUUGAAGGUCCUCCACUUCUUGCAAAGUGUUGAUGAAGGCAUUUCAACCUCUUUGUUUUGAAAGGUUAAUGAAGUUUCCAUAUUGUCCAGAAAACAGGUUUCGCAUUUUGCAUUCAUAUACAUGCGUGCAGAAUUGGCAUACUUAAUAUUUCCUACAACGGCUUGUCAGAAUGAAAAGGCACAUUCCAUGUGUCCAGUAAUGCUUUCUGGACACGCUGUGCGUCCAGAAAUGCAGGCAUGUCCGAGCAAGCCUGCAUUUCUGUGAUGCUGUAACUGGCACGCAUUGCUUCUCGGACCAAUGAAAAAUGCAACUGGGGACCAAUGUUGAAUGAUUGUGUGUGUAAACCAGAGUUCUUGUGGCAGGUACAGUUGGAGUGUGCCACAUGAUUAUCGCAAGUGUAGGCUGCUUUCGCAAGAUUCUCAGCCUGUGACGAAGGCUCACAACGGCGCUUAUUUUCACGGUAACGCUGUACAAAGAUGUGGUACUUUGCAUUAUUCACAUCAGUUGUGCUUAUCACUCAUACACUAUCAGAACACUGCAGCCUCAUUCUUCGACUGUACCAAUCUGUUUAGAUGCUGUUUCCUCUUGUGUGACAGAAGAGGAGAUUCGUAGCAAAAUUAGAAAAAACAAAUCGGCGAUACUGCCUUGGUAAUCUUACGAUGUUACAUGUCACAACGCGCCGUCUAGAGUGAUAUUCUGAGGGCUAGCUGUGCUAUCCAUAGUUAGUAUCAAGCAACACAGUUCCCUUUUCCCAGCUUGAAGGUUGACUGUAGGCUCACGUUCAGUGUAGCUAAGGAUCAACUCCGCAAUUUCUUCACCUCUACUAAACAAAAUCUGCUUGCGAUGCUUAGGUUUUGUCUGUGUGAUAGCAUCGAAUAUGUAAUAUAAGGCUGUGGAAAUUUUCGUCGUUUGUGCAAAUGGUUUGUAUAUCUGGGCACCACUUUAUGCAGCCUAAAGCGAGCUUCCAACAGAAACUAAAUGAAAGAAACAAAUGAGGCUAUUUUUAGAAAUAUUUUCUUGUGGCUCAAGUCAGAGUGACAGUCCAGUUAAUUUUGUCAUGUUCUUGGCAUGCAAAUGUCCUCGCUAUACGCAUAAUUCAUUGUAAGCAUAUAUGUUACACAAUACUGGUACAACUUCUAAAUUACUGUAGUACAUCCUCUAACUCACUAUACUUAAGUUCUUUAUAUUGAGGUUUGAAAAUUUCCAUCUGCAUCUGCAGUAGCUGGCGAUGGAAAGACAAAGUUGUCUGUGAUAGAAAUUUUGAGUAAGGCAAUAAUUUAGAGUUUUCCUAUACCACCUAAUAAUGUGUUUCCUUACAGCGGCGAGACGACUCCAUAAUGUGCAAAUAUAAAAAACCAGUGAAAAACUUCUAGCUAUAUGCCUCCACUGUUGCACAGAGAAAUUGCUUUGCAAGCAAUACUUAUCAUUCGGCUCUUUGGACAUAUCGCUUGGGACAUAUGCUGAACACAUCUCAUUCUAGGUAACCUGCUUUUGAAAUAACUCUUGUCCAGGCGUAGAUACAAGAAGUUUCAUCACUCCGCAUAACUGACUGUCCUGACAAUCCUUUGAAAUUGCAUAAUUCUCCAGUGUGAUGUUUGUUUAGGUAACUCGCAAGCCUCUGUGUGGUCCAGUAAUGAAAAUGUGUAUAUACAAGUAAGAAAUUCCGAACUGCAGUCAGUGUUCAGCUUUAUCAAACUGCUGCAUUCAAAAGCAGGCUGUAAAUUGCUUUACUGAAUUCAACGCUUUGGAGAAACUGAAGGUUCUAGCUGUAUUGUGGCACCUACUAAUCAUAUCAGGAGGAAUAAUUCAGAAUAUGAAAUUUUUGUGGAAUCAUGAUAUUGCCGUACAGCACCUCUUGCUGUACGGGCACAAGGUAGGUUUACGCGAGUCUUACAACCGUUCGCAAAUCUUCCACGUGAAAUGUCGCAUCUGCAGCGAACGAUGUUAAUUCUUUCCAGCUGUGCUUGUCAAACAGUGCAGAAAAUCCAUUGUACACCCAGUGACAACGCUACUUUGGAUAACUUUGAGUCAACACAAGACACAUGUUGUUUCACGUGCACAUAAAUUAAUCUAGAAUGUUACAAAUAAUGCACAGAUAAGUCUACAGACUACACAUAGUGUGUUUUAAGUCUGAGGCAUGCAUUCGGUGAUGAAGUUUGAAAACCUGACAUGUGAAGAGAGCCUCAUUUUUAGUUGACGUAGUACCCAUACUACAAACAAGCUUUCAUGUGUCGACUGUUCUGUAUGGCUGUCGAAAGAUGGCACUUGUGUCAUUUGUUCCAUGCUUGCUAGUGUUUCCCACAUUGUAGAACAAGUACAUCAAAGAUCUAUCAAAACUGUGAAUAUCUGCAUGCAACCGUAUGACAAUCCAACUAUGACUAAGUACAAUUAGAUGCGCUGCUAAGUGUCUUGGCAUUAAAUAGCAUCAUAGGGCAUUGAUAAAAAAAUAAAUAAACGUGACAGAUGCAAAUAAACGUAACACUAAAAGAAAUAUCGCUUGUUUUUUUUUGCUUCUUUGCACCGUCCUGAAGUUGACAGCUAUGAUCAUCUAUAUGAAGUUUUCCCAUUCUAUCACUUUUUAACAUCGUUUGAGAGCGUAUGAAAAAGAGAGAAUCUUGAAGGGGCAGAGGCGUUUUUUUUCUAUACUUUUGAAUUAACCUCUCGCAUUUCAUGAUACACGUGAGACCGGUGACUUGUCCAUAUAGUGUGGAGUGGCUAGGAUCAUUUUGCAUUGCAGCGAAAAGGAAAAAAAAGAGUGUUCUGCGCAGUGUCAUUCGGCCAUGUGCAUCUCGUAGUUUUUUUAUCGUGUUAGGACGAUUGCUUUCAGAGAGAACUUUUGGGGACCACAGGAAAAAGUGUUGCGACCAAGCGUUUGUGGCGCGAGCGUAUUUUAUACCGUCAAACGUGAAACUGUAUCGCACAUGGAUGUACAGUGACAGACAUCUUUGACGUUCUAGCGCCUUUCGUAAAAAAAAAAAAAAGUUUUCCAAGCAACGAAUGGACAGCUAGGAGAGAACAAAACAUAUACUGUUUUGUUACGGAAAAACAGUAUUGAAGGCACGAGUCAAAUAUAUAAAUAUACAUAUAUACAUAGUUCUAUUACGUAUUUUUUUGACAACGAAUGGCUGCAACAGCUUGGGAAGCUAUACAAAUGUCGUUUUGUUGCCUUUGUUUAUUCAUUUUUUAAAACUGAUGUUUGAAAAACACCAGUUGCCAAAGUUGUUUCGUUGUUGCAAUGUUUUUUAGAAGUUUGUCCCUUUCCGUUUUUCUUAAUGUACAUAGAGAUAAUAAAAUAUUCCUUUAAGUAUA